GUCACUUUAAGAUUUAGGUGGCGGCGUGCUUGAGGAAAUGUUUCAGAAGUGUAAACGCCAAGCUAGGAGGAAUCGAAGGAAAGGAGAGCAAUGCCCUUUUUGACAGCCUAUUGGUGAAUACACAGUUCCACACAAAAUACCAAGCAGACACUGACUGGUGCAGUGUCGUUUGACAUCCAGUAACGUAAGCUGUAAUCGUAAAAGGGUGGUUGCUGAUACAUUAGGGACCAGGACUAGCUGCUGGUCUGGUGGUGAGACAGCGAUCCAUACCUCCUGCCCCGCUAAAUAGUGUGUGUGAGGGGGGAGGCGACUGGAGGGGGAGGCAGGUGCCAUGCUCCAGGGGUGAGGCGGGGGAGAGGGGGACACACACAGGGCUCAGUGGUGGUGGGUGAGGUUGCCGAGGAGAUGAAGUUGAAACAGCGCGUGGUGUUGCUGGUUGCCGUGCUACUCCUGUUAGGGCUGGCCAAACUCUUUCUGCUGGAUGGAGGAGAGGGGUCCGCAGCCAGUCGACGAGACCUCAGAGCCUUCCGCAAGAUGGAGGCAGACCUAUCUCUCUCACGUGGUGCCCGGCUAACACAGACCCUCCAGUCUCCGUGGGAGGUGGCAAGCCAGUGGGUGGGCCCCAGGGAGGUGUACCCUGAGGAGACCCCUGAGCUGGCAGCCGUCCUCUCCGCGUUGGGCACUGCCCGAGUGGAACGGGCAGAUGUGGGCUACAAGGGCACCCAGCUCAAGGCUCUACUAGUACUGGACGGGGGGCAGAAGGUUGUCUUCAAACCCAAGAGGUAUAGUAGAGACUAUGUGGUAGAAGGAGAGCCGUAUGCUGGUUAUGACAGACACAACGCAGAGGUGGCAGCUUUUCACCUGGACAGGAUCCUGGGUUUCAGGAGAGCACCCCUAGUGGUCGGGAGGUUUGUCAACCUGAGGACUGAGAUCAAACCUGUCGCUACGGACCAGCUACUCAGUACCUUUCUAAUGCAGGGUAAUAAUAGUUGUUUCUAUGGGAAGUGUUACUACUGUAGAGAGAGUGAACCGGCAUGUGCUGAGGGAGAGAUGAUGGAGGGAUCGGUAACUCUCUGGCUGCCAGACGUCUGGCCUCUCCAGAAACACAGACACCCCUGGGGACGCACCUACAGGGAGGGCAAACUGGCCAGAUGGGAGUAUGAUGAGAGCUACUGUGAUGCAGUGAAGAAGAUGCCUCCGUACGACGCCGGUCCCAGACUGCUGGACGUCAUAGACACGGCCAUCUUUGAUUACCUCAUCGGCAACGCCGACCGACAUCACUACGAGAGUUUCCAAGACGAUGGAGGAGCCAGCAUGCUCAUCCUGCUGGAUAACGCCAAGAGUUUUGGGAAUGCAGCUCUGGAUGAAAGAAGCAUUCUGGCCCCUCUAUAUCAGUGUUGCAUGGUGCGUGUGUCUACGUGGAACAGGUUGAACCUGCUGAGGGCAGGGGCUCUGAGUUCAGCUCUGAGACAGGCCCUGACCUUUGACCCCAUUAACCCCGUCCUGGCCGAGCCCCACCUGGCUGCCCUGGACAGACGGCUGUCUGGUGUCAUAGCAACCAUCCAGCAGUGUGUGGAGUCGCUGGGCCCCGACAACACACUGAUAGAGGACCGCAUGAUCCUGCCACACACCUAGAGAAGGACAGGAGAGAGGGAGGAGGGAAAGGAGAACCUGUCUCGCCUCGAUGGAGAGAGGGUUGAGCCAUGGGAGGAGGAGCUGGAUGAUAAACCCCUCCUCUCACGGCCCCCCAGAAAGGAACAGGAAAUGACCCCAGCAGCAGGAAGUGACUUGAUAAAGGACUGGGUGUUGAGUCCUCUGUGGUGUCCUCUAUAAACUGUUCCCCUCCACACUAGGACCUACUGGAUACGUAACUGUUUCCCUGACGUCUCCUCUCCCACACACACACACACACACCUUGUGCCAAAACCUCUCCGUCCAGUGUAAAGGAGGGAACCAAGGCCAAAGGACUCAACCCAGAGACACUCAGGAUAGCAGGGGUCGCUCCCAGGGCCAUACC